AUGUUGUCUCUACGCCAGUCAUUAAGAUUUGUUACUCCUGCUACUAGAGCUUUUAGCACUUCAAGAGUCUUUCUACAAUCCAAACCCACAAAUAAAACUGCAAGUUCCCUUGCUGAAGUUAAAGACAAUGAAACCUUAAUUGGUCCUGGUGCUAAGGAAGGUACCGUGCCAACCGAUUUGGAACAAGCCACCGGUUUAGAAAGAUUGGAAUUAUUGGGUAAACUUGAAGGUGUAGAAUUCUUCGACACUAAGCCAUUGGAUUCAUCCAGAAAGGGUACUAUGGCUGACCCAAUCGUUUUAGAAUCCUACGAAGACUACCGUUAUGUUGGUUGUACCGGUUCUCCUGCCGAUUCUCAUACUAUUAUGUGGCUAAAACCAACCGUUAACCAAGUGGCUAGAUGUUGGGAAUGUGGAUCUGUUUACAAAGUGAACCCAGUCGGUGUUCCUCACGGACAUAGUCACCAUUAA